AUGCGGCAUAUCCACCGUGUGCAGGCACUGUGUAGAGGCCGUAUGUGGAGCACUGACUCAAAUGAGCUGGCGUACAAUCUUGUUCAGGCUAUGGAGGCGCUGGGCUUGAUCGUCGAAUUUUUACCACGCAAAGUUCAUGUGGCAGAUACGGCCAGUAAGUCUGUCGUCGCCGUGGCCAGAAGUUGUAUCAGUGUUUUCAACGGGCUCAAACGCAUGGAUUCUCUCGACAACAACGACAACUUUGGCAGUCAUGUUGUACACGCCUGCGUCUGCUUCUUUGAUGUACUCUUCACCAGUCUUGAAGAAGGUGCCGCUAUACAAGUCAAGUCCCGGCACCCCGACCAAGAGACGCCAGCUCUGCAAGCUUUAUCACAACUUGCAAAGGGCCUGGUUGAUAAUCUGCGGGAGUCGGCUCAGACUUGCCGUUCACACGCGCACAUACUCGAAGGUGCGGUUUACCAGCUACUCCAUAGACUGGGAGAAGCGACACACGAGCUUUUACUUAAUGGACUACGGAACGACAGCAUCGAACAUGAAAUGCGAAAUCUACCGCUCCCGGACGACAAGCUACUCGACCCUGUUAGGCAGACAGAAUUGAGGAUUGUACUCACAUCAGCGCCUCUGUUGCUCGACAGCUUGCGAAAGGCUGUGACCGACCUACGCAACAUGCCAUUUGCCGGUACAGCACGGGUACGACUUCAGCGUACGCUGGUCGAUCGUAUUUUUGGUCCAGGAACGAGAGGACUGGACGCAAGUCAAGAUGUGCUCAACUUGCCGAAGGCGUUAGGAGAGGCACCAAAAGCUGUCGAAGCUGUAAGAUUAGAUGAUAUACAAGGGAAAACGGAUUCUUUCGAAGCUGAACUGUGGACCUUGAUCGGGUGGGAUAUCUUGGGGAGUGAAGAGGACUUGUAA